AUGAAGGUGCAACAGGAAAUGGGUGCAGCUUGGAGAGCUGCCUAUAAGAGGGGUGAGAGGGAGGAGGAGAAGGCAACCCACCUCCUUUGUUCUGAGGCCAACAGUGGGAUGUUGCAGGGGGCUGGACUGGACAGCCUGUUUUAUGAAACCCCAAAGGUGGCUGGCGAGGGGCCGAGCGACCGAGGGCGGAGCGUGCCUCCCGUUGCUGCCGGCCCAAACAAUGGCUUGGACUUUCCCAGUCGGAUUUCGCCUGCCAAGGGAGGCGGGCCGAGGGAGGCGGCGCGCGGGGGAGGCGGCACUAGCAGCAGCCCCCUCGGGGCGCCCGUCGGCGUCGGCUCGGAGUCAAGGCAUGGUGCGGCUGCCGGUGCUGCGAGGCGGCCGACGGAGGAGCCCGGCACCUUAGCCACCCUCGGCCGGGGCAGGAUCAUGCCGCGCGCUCUGCUGGCCGUGCUGGGGGCCGCGGCGACGGCGGUCAUCGCCUCGAUCGGCUGGCCCAUCCCGGUGGCAGGAGAACCUGAAGUAACAAAAAGUUGUCCAAAGAUAUGCCGUAUAUAUUUAUCCAAAGCGAUUACCCUGAGUAAACUGCAAAGAUAUGAGGAAAUCACGUGUAAGAGGAAGACUUCAGUGAUAUUGAUCACUAAGGAGAAUCGGAGCUUCUGCGCCAAACCAGAGGACAGUUGGGUGCAGGAGACUAUGAAGCAACUGGAUGCAAUGAACACUCCUCCAGAAAAGCCAGCUGUGCUUGACAAACUCUUGGGAGCUCCUGUCCCUACAUCAGCACACCCCACUGUACCAUUUAGUACAGCAACCCUUAGAAUGCUAACAUUUCCUGUUACGAGACAAGGAGAUCCCAACUUGCCUGGAGUGAGUUCCAUGUCACCUGCAAAGUCUCCUACAAAGCCCACUCCCCAACCAGCAGUGGCUAUGCCUGGAGCUACCCCUCAACAUGAAAACCUUGCAACUGGGACUGUGGUUUCUAACACCACUGAUGAACCAAAGAGAUAUGGGGAAGGUCUCACACCUGUUGGGAAAGGCCUGGAGGACUUCCCUGGAUCAACUCGUAAUUUGGUAGCAUCUCCUACAACUCUAGGAACUCAUGCAACAAGUACCAUUUAUGGUAGAUUUGAUUCUGAGAAUCCUGUGGGGUCUCCUGAACAACCCACACUCCAUCCAACUAGCUCUUCCUUAAGCAGAUUUAUUACAGGUUCUAUGAGGAAAGGUAUGAAGUCUACCACAACAUCUACCAAACUGCCAGGGUCCUCGAGUCGACCAAAUUCAAUUCUGAGCAGCUCUAGAUCAGGUAUUAGACCCCAAUCAACUCUGGGUCUCACAACUGUGUCCCAAAGAAGGGGCUUUCCUGGUCAAUCCCACACACCCGUCAGUACUGUUGGAAGCAAGAUGAAAGACAGGAACUUUGCAGUCAACGAUUCAGCUGUUUUGUUUGGGGAAGCUUCAGGAACUCUUCCAUCUGCUGAAGCAAACAGAGGUACUUUUUCCAAAUCUACAAGUACUUUGCCAACUUCCGACUUUCCCCACAGAAAUGCAAUUGAGAUGAGCAGAGCUCAGGCAACGACAAACACUCCAGAGGUUACUUUGACUUUCUUUCCCAGUGCCUUGGCUAAAUACCGAACUCAUAUUAUCUCCAUGGCUUUCCUGGGUGUUGCUUUCUGUAUCGGUAUUGCUGUCAGUGCCAUGGCAUGUGCCAAGUCCAGCCUUUGUGCCAGAACAUCAUCACCUAAGGAAAUGGUCCAAGGCUUGCUGUUCACUCCCUCUAACUCCCGAGCUGAUGCAUAUACCAUGGAUAUUCUUUAACUUGCUCAUGACUUUGUCUAAGAAUGCUUCUUCCACUGCCAGGGUUGACCAGGCUUUGUCUAAAUCAUGGCUGGUGGUGUGUGCUUCCCCCACAAGAGUGGGACCUGUGAUAUUUGCUGCUGUUGGGCAACAGGAUGCAACAAAGCACAUUGCUCCAAGGGUAGAUAAUUACAGUGUAGUGAGAUGCCUUACCCUGCAGGGUUAUGAACUACGGCCACAGUCUUCAAAGUGGGAGGUGGGCCUCCUUACCAAACCAUGCGCUGUUGCUGGAGGAAUAGAGAGAUCUUUCCUGAGCCCUUCAAGCCAAGUUUGUGCUUCUUGGUUGGGGACAAGGUUGGAACAGUGCAAAUGCCAUUGUAGAUUGACAGUGAAAGGAUUACUGAAUUUCAGCAUCCUUGGACAGGACUCCUAAAGAUGUUUGGCUGAGCCUCCUUUAUUUGUCAUUCCAUUUGUCAUUGUUUUUAAAUUGCUUUUUAAAAAUGUGUUUUUAAAUUUGGAUAUUUCUUUUUAAUGUUUUUAAUUGUUGUAAACCGCCCAGAGAGCUUUGGCUAUGGGGCAGUAUACAAAUGCAAUAAACGAGCAAACAAACAAAUAAAUUCUAGCCUGAUGUUGAAUCUGUUGGUGUCUCAGUAGUCCAACACAAUUUGUAUCACAUGAGGUCACUUAGACCCUGUAGAUCAGGGGUGGAGGCCUUUUUUUCUGCCAAGGGCCACAUUUUCUUGGGGUAAUGUGUCGGGGGCCACAUACCAGCGGUGGACGGAGCCACCCUCUUCUCUCUCUCUCUCUGCCUCUGCAACCCCUUUUUAUUUCUUUGUCUCCUUACUCUUUCUUUCCCUUUUUCUGUCUCACUCUCCCUAUGCAGGUGGAGGGACAGAUCACUCUUGUUAGAGGUCUGACCUGCUUGCUUUGUAUUUUUAUUUUUUUACAAAAUCUGUAUGUUACUUGAUUGUAACAAUCCUCUAAGUGGGUUACAAAAAAACUGUGCAGACGACAUUUCUCCCCUCCUCCUUCCAUUGCUCCAUCCAUAUUGCCUUCCUCCCCUUCUCUGUCUCUCCUUCCAGGCUCCCCACCCACCCCCAGGGGCCGCAUGCAACUAGCUGGCUGCAGAUUGUCCACCUCUGCUGUAGAUGCAGAAUCUGCACCUGCAGAUGUUUGUGGCUGAGUGCUUAGCACACAGAAAUAAUCAUGUCAGGGAUGGAAAAGAAAGGUGUACAGGAUUGUGAUUAAAUUUGCCCUGAAAGCUGAAGACCAAAAGCGAUGCGAUUUAGCUAAGCUCAAGAUGUAGUAUUGUAUUCUAAUCUAUAGUAUGGGUAU